UAACUGGGUCAGAACACGGCCUGCUGGAGGUCACCAGCCCUCCCAGGUUUGGGAGGCCAGCCCUAAUAGGCGGCGCUGGCCAGAGCUGGAGGCCUCUGGUUGGCUGCAGGUGGGGUGGGCGGGGCCUGCUCUGCGGACGAGUGGGAAUGUGGCUGGGGCGGACUGGCGUCCCCGGUCGAGUCCUGCUCCAGGGAGGAUCAUGAAAGCACCGGCGAGGCUGCCCCUGGUCCUGCCGAGGGCACUGCGGCUCCUGCUGAUGCUGGCCGUGCUCGGGGCAGCGGAGGACGUGCCCACCUACCCGUGGCGGGAUGUGGACACGCGGGAGUGGCUGAUGUGUGGCCAGUGCCCCCCUGGCACCUUCGUGCACCAGCCGUGCAGCCGGGACCACCCCACGACGUGCCGCCGGUGCCCGCCUCACCACUACACGCAGUUCUGGAACUACCUGGAGCGCUGCCUGUACUGCAACGUGGUCUGUGGGGAGCACGAGGAGGAGGCGCGGCCCUGCUCUGUGCUCCACAACCGUGCCUGCCGCUGCCGCCCAGGCUUCUUCGAGUUUGCGGGCUUCUGCCUGGAGCACACGCCCUGCCCGCCGGGCUGUGGAGUGGUUGCCCUCGGCACCCCCACCCAGGACACACAGUGCCAGCCAUGUCCCCCAGGCACCUUCUCCGCCAACAGCUCCAGCUCAGAGCGGUGCCAGCCCCACAGCAACUGCACAGCCCUGGGCCUGGGCCUGAACGUGCCGGGCACCCCCUUCCGUGACGCCAUGUGCACCAGCUGCACAGGACCCCCACUCGGCACUCCAGAGCCAGGGAGCACAGGUGACUGGACGGGGGCAGGGACCGAGGAGUGUGAACGUGCCCUCGUGGACUUCGUGGCCUUCCAGAACGUGUCCUUCCGGAGGCUCCUGCAGCUGCAGCAGGCCCUGUCAGGCCCGGGGGCUUGGGCUCCCCGCCGGCCCCCGGAGGAUCGCCUGUCCUUGCAGCAGACGCUGCGGAGGCAGCUCACGAAGCUGCGCGAGGCCCGGCCAGGGGCGCUGGCGGCAGGGCUGCUGCAGGCCCUGCGCACGGCCAGGCUGCCGGGGAUGGCGCGCACUGUCCGCCAGCGCUUCUCCCUGGCCGGCUGAGCCCGUAUUUAUUCUACCCAGCAGGCACCAGGCUGUUUUCAUAAAACCCUCUGUAAAGCUGACUGUCUAGAACUGCUGUGUGACGGUGGUGGGCUGAGGCAGACCUUGGCAGGAUUAUGGGAAAUGGCCUGUGGGUGGCAGGUGUGGCUUUCCCUCUGUGGGGCACAGGGGAGCUGAGGCUCACUCCAUGGCCCAGCCCCACGCUGAGCUCUGGGCAUUUGGGGGUGGAGGGUUAAGUCAGGGCCAGUCAAGGAGUGGCAGUGCCCGGGCGGGUCACCAAGUCCAGGGGCUCUGCUGUGAGAGGAUUCAGUGGAUUGCUGUGCUCACGCCCCUCCUUUUGAGUUCCACCCACUCCUACCAGCAGGGGACUUCCCAGAAGGGACCAGUGUCCCACGGGCUUUCUGGGAAAUGGCUUUUCCUGUGGGGCAGACUCACACCCUCAACAUGAGGGAACCCAGGGAAAAGGGACUAGAUGGCUCCAGGGUGGGGGAUGGGACUCCCAGCCCUAGCUGCCCCUACUUCGCAAAAGGCUCAGGAUUUCCCAUGAGUCACUUCCCCUGCCACUGGGUCCCCAGCCCCACUCCUGACUCAUUCCUUUCCCAGCAGCUCCUUCAGGCCCCCCCUGGGAGGAGAGUCUGGUGGGACCUCUCUGGAACAUGAAGCCGGCAGGUCCUGGCUGUGGCCCAGCCAUUCAAACAGCCUGGAUGCCCUUGGGCUGUGGCCACUACUCAGGCUCAGAGUAAGGGUGCAUAGGAGCCACGCAGACUCUUUAUUUUCUGCACAGGCCCCUGGCCAGGCUGCUGGUCACCAGCUCUCCCAGGGGCCAUGUGAAGAGGGGCCCCAAGACCAGCCUUGCUUGGAGGGCCUAUGCUGCUGGGCACAGGCCUGGAAGAGGGGAUACACCCCUCACACUCAGCGGGGAGCACAGGCCCAACACACCACCAAACACCCCCAUGUCCAGGUCACCCAGCCCCCGACACAUCCCUGAGCUGGCAACCGUGGCUGCCCCAGGUGGUGGCAGGUGUGCCAGGGGCCUCCCGCUCCGCUUGCCGCUCCCUGACGUCGGGCCGGUGGUGGUGGUGGUGGUGGCGGCAGGGUCCACCAGGGCUAGUCAGAUCGCACUUAGCCCAAUCCUGAGGCUGCAUCAGCGCUCAGGACCUGCUGGCCUUCGGGGAUGUGGGUUAGACCCCUUAAGGUGACACCAGCUCCCAGCCCACCUCCAUGAUCAGAGAAGGCAGGGGCAAGGCCAGCAGGGCCCUAGCCUCCUUCGUGGGCAUGCUGCGGUUGGGAUUCCUGCAGGCUGGGGCAAACAGCUCCAAAGGGCACCCACAGGGCCAAAAACCGGGCCUCGAGUGGCAGAAGCCUCCGGGCGCCUAUACUUUUCAGGACACAAAAGUCUGUCUUAGAG